UUGACGAACGCUUUUGCGGUGAGGCGAGUCAAGACCGCGCCGGCCAGUGUUAAAUGUGUGUUUGAAUUUUUAAAAAUGGAAUCGAAAUUCAAAAAUAAUUUCAAAGAGUCUCUAACGUUGCAAGACUGUGAGAAGCCUUUGACGACCCCGUUUUCUAUAAACGAUAUUUUGACCAAAGAGAAUGAGGGAAAGUGUGAUUUUGAAAAUGGAAUGUUUUGUUCGGACAAUUUUGGCGGGAAGAUGAACUUUUUGGGGAAGGCGGGGGGAUGUUUUGGGAAAGAAGAUGGUUAUGUGAAGAAGGAAGGUUUGGAGAAGGGGAUGAAGUAUUACGAUGACUGCAAUGGCUACAGGGACUUUGGUGGUGAUGCAGCGCUCGAUAUGUCGCGGAAGAAUAAUUAUCCUGUCACGGAACUAUCAGAUGACUACGACUCCCGCUCCUCAACGACCGGCUCUCCACUCCGUCGCGCCAACUCCUCACCCAACUCCGACAUCGCCUACAAACCCUUCAGCCUCCACUACGACCAGAGAAAGUGCUCCACACCAACCAACGAGACACGAAUGAUGCACUCCCCGAACUAUAACAUUACAGAAUACUCACAAAAUGGCGGAAGGAAAAAGAGAUCUAGAGCCGCAUUCUCUCACGCUCAAGUCUACGAACUAGAGAGAAGAUUCAGUCAACAAAGAUACCUAUCAGGCCCCGAAAGAGCUGAUUUAGCAGUCAGCUUGAAACUCACAGAGACACAGGUGAAAAUCUGGUUUCAGAAUCGACGGUAUAAGACAAAGAGAAAACAGUUGCAGAUGCAGGAAAAUGGUAUGUUAGCUGCAGCCGCUGCUGCGGCCAAUCAUGCUAGAAAAGUUGCUGUGAAAGUCUUGGUCAAUAACAAUGGACAGCCAACUAUACCUGACUUAAAGGCCUACAAUAACCCAAUGCUAGGGAAGACGUUAAAUCCGCUAUUUACACCGCCAAAUCUACUAGAAAGUUCGCCGAUAUUGAAGCAUUUUGCGGGCGUCUACGGCGUUGAUUUCGCAAAGAAUCCGGAGUACAAAGCUUUAUUGCAAGAGUCUUAUAACCAAGCAGUUUUACAGUCGCUAUAUGGCCCUCAUUUAGGCGUGAAUUACCCUAACUUACCACUUCCCUAUAUGUAUUACCCUGGCCAAUCAUCGUUUGGUAUGCCAGUCCCUUGUGACGUAGACCGAAGCCCAGUGGAACGACCAGAAAGCAAAGAGUUUUCUGAAGAGAAAGAAAAAGAGAAAGGAGAAGUGAAACCAAAAACUCAUAUCGAUUUGAACGAGAAUAGUAACGAGAGUAUGGCCAGUAAUAUUGAAAUCGAAAAUUGAUUGUUGUUAAGAAAUGUUAUGAAUAUUUGAAUCUAUAG